AUGAAGAAGCGUGAAAUAUCUGGCUCAGGAAAUGAAAUUCUGACGAAAGACAUCAUUCUUGAUCAGAUAUCAGAGUGUUCAUCCUAUGGGAUAAGCAGAAGAGACACCAUAGAGGCUGAUGGUGAGACGCUUGAGUUGUGGGAAACCACUGACCAGGAUGCCAGCAUUGAUUUCAUGGUUGGCAAGGGCCAGAAGGCGGAUGCUGUACCAACUGACCGCAGUCAGACUGAAGCAGUAAAGGAACACAAGAAUUAUCCUCUUUUUAGCCCAAAAAAAAAAGAGUAA